AGACUUCCACACAUCUUGGAAGGAGUGUCCAGCUGUGGGAGAGAUGUGCCAGCCUCAGCCACUGCUGGCCCUGCUGCUCCUGCUCUCCUGCCCAUGGGCCAGUGCCAUGGGGUGUCUUUCAGGUGCUCUACAGGGUCAGAUUGUGGGGGGCCAUGAGGCGCAGCCCCACUCCCACCCUUACAUGGCAUACCUGAAGAUAGGGAUGUCUGCCUGUGGGGGCUUCCUGGUGGCCCCUGAGUGGGUGAUGACAGCCGCACACUGCAUGGGGAAUAUCACAGUCAUCCUGGGGGCUCACGACAUCCACAAACCAGAAAAAUCCCAGCAGGUCCGAGGAGUUCUCAGAUACCACGAGCACCCUGAAUACGACCCUGACACCAUGUUUAAUGACAUCAUGUUGCUCAAGCUGACAUCAAAGGCCACUCUCAAUGACUAUGUCAAGACCAUUCCACUGCCCAAGACCAGCAGUGACCUCCCCACAGGCACUAAGUGCAGCAUCGCUGGCUGGGGUCUGAUUGAUGACGACCAGGUGACCAACAAGCUCUUUGAAACCAAAGUCUCCAUCUACAGCCACAGGAAAUGCACCCUCUUCUAUCCACAUCUUGACACUGGCAUGGUCUGUGCUGGCAGCUUCCAUGAGCUGAAGGAUUCCAGCCAGGGAGAUUCUGGUGGGCCCUUGGUAUGCAAUAAAGUGGCACAAGGCAUUGUUUCCUUUGGGUAUAACGCCCCACCUGGGGUCUACACCCGCAUCUCCAACUACCUGCCCUGGAUCAAAAAAGUCAUGAAGAAGUAGCAGCAGCCACGGCACUUGCUCCAGCUCAGAUGUGGCCCUGGAGACUGCAAUGGCUUCCUUCCUGUCCCUGCUGAAGGCUCAACUCCCUCCUCUCUCCUUGGGAACCCAAGUGACUUGGUGCACGAGGGUCCUCUUCAUUCUAUUCUGAGGCUGCUGGCUGUCCCAUUCCCUGCCCAUCUCAGGCAGCCACUUCAGAGCCAUAUUAAACACCCUGACAGAGGCAAGAAUAGUCCCUGAUGGCACAGAAAGAGGCUGUGCCACAACAGACCCCAUUUCCUUCAGAGAUAACACUGUCCCCUCUUGAACCUUGCUGCACUUAAAACAUCCACAGUAAACUCAAAGCUGCAUUU